CAACUGUCAAUUUUUUAUUUAAUUUAUAAAAAAAAAGCUUCCAACUACUUAAGUGUCUUUAGUGUUCCUCAAUUUCUCACAAAACCACAAUAAACUGUCUUUUUUAAUUUUUUAAUCCCCCGAACGUGAUACCAAAUUACAGGUUUCUGUAACCCACCACCAACCCGACAUAACCUCAAUCUCCUCAACACUAAAAUAUUUCUUGAAAACUUGUAUUUUUUUUUGUUAUGAGAUGUCUUUUUGUCGUUACGCGGCCCUCCGAGCAUCUCGACUUAUCCUCAGACAAGUCACGUCGCCCCAAAUUACUGAAACUCGCGAAAUAAAACGAUGGGUGGCCCCCGUCUUGAAAGAAUUGAAGCGACGGAGGGAUAAAGUGGGGCCCGAGGAGCCUUCACCCCGCUCCACUUUCUUAGAGUGGAAUUACGAGGCCGAAAUUUUUGCAUUUGGGAAACGACUUGGGGAGGAAUUUGAUCGUAAAUUACUGAAACAAGCCCUAACACAUCGGUCUUAUGUCAGUCUUGAAGAGGACAAAGCCAAAGAGAAGGGACUCGAAAAUGAGAAAGUUGAUAGUAAUUAUCAAUUAAUCAAACAAGGGGGCGCUUUAAUCUCCAAUUAUAUUAAAACCGAGCUGGGGGAGAAGUACCCAAAAGACGUCGUGGGUGCUCUUCAUGAUUAUUUGACAUCGGUUGAUAUGUUGUCACACGUGGCUGUUCAUUUGGGGCUCAAAGACAUUGUUUUGACUUCUGAAUUCCCGGUUGAAAAUGAGACACUUGCUGACACACUCAAGGCCGUAGUUGCUGCCUUAAAGGAGUCUCAAAACCAGGAGAGGGCCCACUUGUUCAUUAAAGACUUUUUAUUAAGUCAAUUGACCGGUAAAGAGAUUUAUGAUAUUUGGACACCUGAUAGCCCCCUUGCGUACUUAACGUCGCUUUUAUCAAAGAAAGGUGUGACUGAAAUUGAGCCCCGUUUGUGUAAUAAAUCGGCCACCAAUACGAUUCUAGCCAAUUACCAAGUGGGGCUAUACAAUAAUAAAAAAUUGCUAGGGAUUGGAUGGGGCGAAAGCGUGGAAAUCGCCAAAGACACCGCAGCCCUAAACGCAAUCCAACGUCUCAAUUACGGAAAAUAAUUUAAUUAAUUAGUAAAAUAAAUCAUAAAUGCGUAUCUAA